AUGCAGAAGAAAUGGUUGAUUAUUCUUUUCUGCCUGCCAGCAGUUGGCUCCUAUUUAAGUUCAUCGUUUUUUUCUUGGAUUAAUACAACUUAUGGUGAAAAUAUCGCUCAUCAGUUAAACCGAGCAGAUCUUAAACAAGCUGGCAGCUAUGGUGGUGGAAAUCACACAGAAAAUUUCAGCCAUGAACCUGUGAUUGUUGUUCACGGCUUAAGCAGUAUAGCUGGAACGUUCCGUAGCAUAGGAAAUUACUUCCUAGAACAUGGAUAUACCAAAGAUGAGGUUUAUUCAACAACGUGGGGAAAAGGAGCUGAAGAUGACAUCGCUAAUGUGACGCUUGAAUGUGGGAAAGUCAAACAGAUUCGAUACUUUAUUGAAGCAGUUAGUCGAUUUACAAAUUCAACGGUAGACGUUUUGGCAUUUUCUAUGGGUUCGCCAGUGGCUCGAAAGGCAAUCUUAGGUGGUAAUUGCGUAGAUAACGGUGCAUAUCUUGGAAAACCAAUAACUGAACUUAUCGAUACAUUUAUAAGUGUGGGCGGUGCAAAUUAUGGUUCGUUUUUGUGCGAUUUAAUGGAACCAAUAGGGACUUGCAACAAAUUAAACGGUCUUCGUUGCGGUUCUAAAUACCUUCGAGACAUUAAUUUAAGCAAAUUAAAACACUAUGAAGGAUCAUUUGUGUUUUCAAUAUAUUCAACAGAUGACGAUAUGAUUGGAUGGAAAGAAUGUGGUAACAUUUUAGGCUCCGUUCCAAACGAAGAUCAAGCAUUUAAAGCAAGUUUCUAA